UGCAUCUUUUCCAGCAGGCAUCAAAAGAGAUGAUGUUGGCUGGGCGUUAAUAUAUGUGUGUAUUCAUUGAAAGCAGGUUCAAGUCGGAGAAGAAAUGGCACUGUGAUUUUAGUAGCGAUGGCUCAUGCAUGAGGCCUGGCCCAAAGAGCUGCAAUGAGAAGACGGCUGUCCCAUGUGGACUCUAAGACCCCGUCUCCUUGUGAAGGAAGCCCCACUUCCCCAUCUUGUAAACGGGGAUCCAUUCCCUGCUGCUUCUGUUGGUGCUGUUGCUGCAGUUGUUCCUGUCUGACCGUGCGGAACAAAGAAAAGGAAGUGUGCAGCCGGAGAGCAUCUAACCUUUCUACUCUGGAAAGCCUACAGAGAAACGAAGAAAGUGGUAGGCUAACACUGGAGGAGGCUUCAUCAUGGGCUCUCUCCUUCAACACACUGCUGGACAAUCCAACGGGACGAGACGUUUUCAUGGAAUUCCUGCGCUCCGAGCACAGCGAUGAGAACAUGCUCUUCUGGCAGGCUUGCAAGGAACUAAAAGCAGAGCAACGUAAAGCUGCUAUUGCGGAAAAGACAAAGCAGAUCUACCUAGACUAUAUCUCCAUUCUUUCUCCUAAAGAGGUGAGCAUCGAUGCAACAGUGAGGGACACCAUCAACAGUAACAUGGCGAUGCCCACAGCUGAUAUUUUUGAUGAAGCUCAGGCACAAAUCUACGCUUUGAUGCAUAGGGACUCAUAUCCUCGAUUUUUGAACUCUGCCAUUUAUCAAUCCCUGCUGCAGAGUCUAAAUGCAGGGAACGCUUCCCAAAGCUAG